GGCGUCUCUGUGACUUCAUUUCUUAAAUUGCAUUCAAAAUGAACAAACACAAGCGUGAGGUCAGUGAACUGGGUGAAAUGGUUAUUUUUUAAUAUUCCCAAAGUAUUAUGAGUGUUUGCUCAUCAUGGUGUCACUUUGAGGCUUUUACUGCAUAAAUCAGAUAAAGUGAAUGGGAUGGUGAGCUCUGAUAUUUGUAAGGUGUAUGUGUAAGUGUGUGUGUGUGUGUGUGUGUGUGUGUGUGUGUGGAAUGCUGCUCUGGCCUGACUCCAGGUUGAGGGAGGAUAGCGUUUCCAAUCCGAUAGCCUGGAAGCAUUCAGGUUUGGUGAGUUUCUGAGGCACACACACACUCAAACACACACAGAGAAAGGGAACAGGUUGCUCAGACCAGCCUGGCAAGAAAGAUGUGAGACUAAACAUUUCCCGGUACUAACUGUUGUAGACACUAAGCAACACGUACACACACACACAGCGUCCUUCAGAAUAUAUACCUAUAUUUUGAUGUACAUUUCUGCUAAACACUUGUUUCUGAGCUCCUGGAUUUCAGUUAUUCCUACAUAUUUUUUCUCUCAUUAUUUUCCUCACAGCAGAGGAAUGUGAAGAUUAUGUCAGUGAGAGGCAGGUACAGAGACUAGCGCUAAUUACUCUCUCUCUUUCUCUCUCUCUCUCUUUUUUUCUCUCCGCCCGGUCUCCCUCGUUUUCCCUCCCUCCACCUCCUCCUCGAUCAGUGAAGGAGAGAAGCAGGGUGAACUAACAGCGAGGGACGGGGAAGUGAAACAGUUUGGAGACAGAAACCAAAAGAGCAAAAGAACAGAACGAAAGUUUUUCACCACUCUGGACUGUCGAGACCUGCAAGAACACUGUAGACAGGGUGAAGCGGCGAGAUGAACGUGUCUGCUCUGCUCUACCUUUGAUUAGUGCAACACGUCCAUUCUCUUUGACAGCUACUAAAGGCGCAGACGGUGUGUGUGCGAGCAGACUCCAGACAGACGGCCUGAGUGUGUGAGUGACUGUGUGUGAGUGAAACAACAUCACACCCCCCACUCGGACACCCAUUCAUCCACCUGAAACGCCAGACUCCAGUCCUGAUUGGAUGCUUAUUUCAGAAUGACAGCAGAAGACUCCGCCUCUGCCGUUGCUAUGAGUAACCCUAGCCCAUCCUCCUCCUCCAAAUCCUCCUCUGGACAUCCGCAGCAUCACUGCACCGUCCCAGAGGGAGUAGCUGGAGCCCCUAAUGAAGCAGCGCUGGUGUCCCUGAUGGAACGGUCCGGGUAUGGCAUGGUGCAAGAAAACGGACAGCGCAAAUACGGCCCACCUCCAGGCUGGCAAGGCACUUCCCCUCCCCGCGGUUGUGAAAUAUUUGUUGGUAAAAUCCCACGUGACGUUUACGAGGAUGAGCUGGUGCCAGUAUUUGAGAGUGUGGGAAGGAUCUACGAGAUGCGCCUUAUGAUGGACUUUGACGGGAAGAACCGUGGUUAUGCGUUUGUCAUGUACACGCAGAAGCACGAGGCAAAGCGAGCGGUCCGUGAACUCAAUAACUUCGAGAUCCGUCCUGGGAGAUUGCUAGGUGUGUGCUCCAGCGUAGACAACUGCCGCCUCUUCAUUGGAGGAAUUCCAAAAACCAAGAAACGGGAGGAGAUCCUGGAGGAAGUUUCCAAGGUGACAGAAGGGGUGCUGGAUGUGAUCGUGUACGCCAGCGCUGCGGAUAAGAUGAAGAAUCGUGGCUUUGCUUUCGUAGAGUAUGAGUCUCACCGUGCUGCUGCUAUGGCCAGAAGAAAGCUUAUGCCUGGACGAAUUCAGCUCUGGGGUCACCAGAUUGCAGUCGACUGGGCCGAACCUGAGAUUGACGUGGACGAGGAUGUGAUGGAAACAGUGAAGAUCCUGUAUGUGCGGAACCUGAUGAUCGAGACCAGCGAGGAGAUUCUGCGCCAAACCUUCGGCCAGUUCAACCCUGGCUGUGUGGAGCGUGUUAAAAAAAUCCGAGACUACGCCUUUGUUCACUUUGCCAGUCGAGACGAUGCUGUGGUUGCAAUGGACAACCUGAACGGCACAGAGAUCGAAGGUUCCCGUAUAGAAGUGACCCUGGCCAAGCCUGUGGAUAAAGAGCAAUACACCCGCUAUCAGAAAGCAUCGAAGGGAACAGCAGCUGCCACAACUGUCGAAAGCACCCAACAAAGUUAUGUGUAUCAGUGUGAUCCAUACACACUGGCCUAUUAUGGCUAUCCAUACAACACACUCAUCGGACCCAACCGAGACUACUUCAUUAAAGCAGGUACUGUAAGAGGCCGUGGUCGUGCCGGGGCCAGUAGCAGGGGCCCAGGGCCCCGCGGCUCAUACCUUGGUGGCUAUUCAGCUGGCCGAGGCAUUUACAGCCGCUACCAUGAAGGAAAGACCAAAUUGCCGGACAAACCUUACGAGAUCAUGUCUAAUCUAGAGUUGGCAGCUGUGAACCCAGUGGGCAUCAAGCCUGGCACAAUGGCUCUUCCAGCACUCGGUGCCCAGUACCCUACUGUGUUUUCCGCUGCUCCAGCAACUAAAUUAAUGGAGGAAGGGAAGAUCCACCCGGUGGAGCACCUGAUAAACCCUCUGGCCCUCCAGCAUGACCCCACAGCUGCCUCGGCCACCGCAGCGGUCAUACCUGCAGUCUCCACACCACCGCCUUUCCAGGGUCGUCCAAUAACCCCUGUCUAUGCCAUGGCUCAUAACAUCCAGAGGAUCCCGGCUGCAGCUGCCAGUCUAUAUGGAGCCGGAUACAUGCCUAUCGCUGCCCAUGCCAACACAGCCACGCUGGCAGCACUGCAGAAGAAUGCUGCUGUGGCUGCCGCCUACGGAGGGUACGCUGGGUACAUGCCCCAGGCAUUCCCUGCAGCCACCUUCCAGAUGCCCAUUCAUGAUGUAUACCAGACCUACUGACUGAGACACCCGCAGCAUCAGUCACAAUGACUUACUAUUACACGCACCACAGGCCAUCAGACAUUUACCCCACAUCUAUGAGGUCUGCUGGUAAGUCGAACCACGCAGAGCGAAACUGACACACUCACAAUAAAACUAACACCUUCUGACUCGUGUGAAGCUCCCUGGAAGCCUUUAGAUUCCUGCAGAAGUUAAAGCUGGCAGCAGAGACGUAGAUGUUCUGCUAAAUUUACUCGCAUCACCAUCAGUCCCCCUGGCCCAUGUUUAUUAAUCCAGACGUAUGACCCAGGUCAAAACCACUUUUAUUUACUACUGACUAGAUAGGUAGACUUCUGCGUGAUGUGUUGUGGACUCAAACCCUGCAAUGUGACCAGAACUUUACCCAUUUUUUACCCUUUAGACCAAUGGGAAACAGUCUGUCAGUUCCACAUCUUAAAGGAAUCGACCAGCUUGCUGAUUUUCCAAAGCCAUCACACGACUGAAUGAAUGAACUUUUGUUCUUCUUGUAUGUGCGUUUUCAUAUUUUAUCAUUCCGCAGAGGUCUUGUUUUUAAGUUGAUCACCUGUAUGGUGGUGGACUGACUCCGAGUGAUAUGUUCAUAUGAAGAAUUUCAAACCGUAAGACUUGCAGAAGCACAUCUACUGGCAUAUCGCCGUGUUUCCCACACACACACACACACUCCAGAUGAGAAUCGUGAGCCAGAGAGGCACAAUCUUAAUGUCACUCCUCUGCGUUCACCGCCUGAAGAAUACUGAAGGAAAGGUGUAGUAUUUGUGGACGUAUUUAACUCGUCUCUGUGCUGUAGUCCAUUUACUUUUGUUUUGUGAAGGAAAACAAAAUGAACAAAAAGAUACUGCUGAGCAGGAACUUCAACAACCACAGAAGUAGAAGACGUAAAGUGUUUCAUGAAAAUGCUGUGUUUUGAGUUUAUAACAUAUAUAUAUAUAUAUAUAUAUUCUUGUGAAAUGUUUUGAAGACGCUGGAAUCUUCCGUCCACUGGGUUUCCUGCAUGAGAGUUCAUCAUAUGAGCAUACUUGCAUUUGUUUUUACUCCUUUAUUGCUUUUUCCUUUUUAUAUUAGACUAUUUUUUAAGAUUGUGUUCUCUAGUGGGUUUGAAGAUUUUUCAGAUGCUUUCAUCUGAAUCAUUUUUUUCUUUUUUAAACUGGAAGAUAAUAUAACACUGAUAUCAUUCUCAUUCUCAUAGGCCAAAUAAUUGUCCAAGUGAAUGCAGAAAAAAAGAGAAAAAGCUUAAUUUCACUUAAAUAUGUUUCGAAUAACACUUGUCUCUUGUUAAAAGGAUGCCUCACCUAAAAUUGAAAGCGCUGCCAUCAUUUACUUACCAAAUAUUCUUCUAACAGUGUGAUACUUUUUUUCUUCUAUGGAACAAAUGAGAUUAUUUUUCAUUUGUUUGGCCAAAUUUUAAUCUUAAUCUGAUUACCCAAAGUUACCAGCCUACUUGAUUUGCUUAGCCAGAACAUUUUGGUUGCCAACACUCUUGAUCUAGUACGCGAAAUGUUUUUUGUACCAACAUUUUUGAUUUGGUUUCCAAAAACAUUUCGGUUUCCAGCUAUUUUGGUUUGAUUCCCCAAAAUGUUUUGGUUACCAGCAUUCUUGAAUUGGUUAAUUGAAACAUUUUGGGGAACAACAUUCUUAAUCUGGUUACCCAAACGUUUUUAGUACUAUCAAUCUUGAUCUGGUUACCCAAAACAUUUUGGUAAACAAUAUUCUUGAUGUGGUUAACCAAAACUUUCUGGUAAGCAACAAUAUUGAUGUGGUUGUUACCUAAAAUAAUUUUGUUACUUUUUAUCUUGAUUUGGUUAUGCAAACUUGUUUGACAUGGUUUUCUCAAAACGUUUAGCUUACCAUUGAAAAAAGUGUUUGGGUUGCCAACAUUUUGAUCUAUUUAAACUAUGUGAUUUACUUGAUCUAGUCAAAGUAUUUUGGGAAACAGCUUUCUUGAUGUAAUAACCCAAACGUUUUUGUUACCAACAUUCUUGAUGUGGUCACCCAAAGCCUUUUGGUUACUCACAUUUUUGAUUCGAUUAUAAAAACCUUUUUGAUUCACAACAUAAUUGAUUGGUUCACCCAAAACAUUUUGGGGGCUAAUUUUCUUGAUCUAGUUACACAAAAUGUUUUACAUUUCAACAUUCUUGAUUUGGUUGCCCCAAUUUAUUUUAUUUUUUUACCAGUGUAAUCUGAUUACCCAAAUCUUUUUAGAUACCAACCUACUUGAUUUGCUUAACCAGAAUGUUUUGGCAAGCCACUUGAUCUAGUACGCAAAAUGUUUUUUGUACCAACAUUUUUGAUUUGGUUUCCAAAAACAUUUCGGUUUCCAGCUAUUUCGAUUUGAUUCCCCAAAAUGUUUUGGUUACCAGCAUUCUUGAAUUGGUUAAUUGAAACAUUUUGGGAAACAACAUUCUUGAUCUGGUUACCCAAACGUUUUUGUUACUAUCAAUCUUGGUCUGGUUACUUAAAACAUUUUGGUAAAUAAUGUUUUUGAUGUGGUUAACCAAAACUCUCUGGUAAGCAACAUUAUUUAUGUUGUUGGACACCCAAAAAAAUUUGGUUACUAACAUUCUUGAUUUGGUUAUGCAAACUUGGUUAACAUGAUUUACUCAAAACCUUUAGCUUACCAGCGUACACGAUUUGGUUAUAAGAAAUGUUUGGUUACUAACAUUCUUGAUUUGGUUAUGCAAACUUGUUUGACAUGGUUUACUCAAAGCCUUUUGCUUACCUGCAUACAUGAUUUGGUUAUAAGAAAUGUUUGGGCUGCCAACAUUCUUGAUCUAUGUAAACAAAUGUUUGGCUUUUCCAAAAUGUUUUGGUUUCCAGUAUUCCUUAUUUGGUUUCCUAAAAUAUUUUGGAUACCAGCGUUCUUUAUAUGGUUAAUCAAAGUAUUUUGGUAAAUUCCAAAUGUAGUUACCCCAACGUUUUUGUUACCAACAUUCCUGAUAUGGUUACCCAAAACAUUUUGGUCACGAAUAUUCUUAAUUUCAUCACCUGAAACAUUUUGGUUGCCAUGUAAAUGUUUUACAUACCAACAUUUUUGAUUUGGCUGCCUAAAAAUUUCUGAUUAAUUAAAAAGCACAUUCUUGAUGUUGUUAACCAAACGUUUUGGCCACUAAAAUUCUUGACCUGAUUUCCCAAAAAAUGUUGGUGAGCAACAUCCAGGAGCUGGUUACUCCCAACUUUCUUGUGAGCCACGUUAUUAAUUAUUGAUAUCUUUAUAAAUUCACAAUAGACAUGCAUUUUAAUAAGUGACUUUCAAAAAGUUUUCGAAUUUUCAUUUCUGAAUAAAACAUCACAUUUAGUAUGUUUUAAAAGCACAACUUGGACAAAAAAAUGUAGCUAGGUUGAAGAUACAGCAUUACUCAUGAUGAGUAAGUUUUGCUCGCUGGUUGUUUUAACCAACUAUGAGUAGCUUUUACUUUUCCAGUCCACUACUGUGAUUCCAGCAUCCAGUCCUGUGAAGUCUUAGUUGCAUCAUUAAGAGACCACAAGCUCCCUCGAAUCCAUUUUUGUGCCAUUAAUACAAAUUACACCUGAAGUACUGUCCCAUUUACCGCUGAACCAAUUAUGUUCACGUUGUUUAUUAACGGUCUUGAGUUGCAAGCCUGGAGUUGCAGGAUAAAAAUCAGGCUAAUGAUGCGCUACUCCCUCUUCCCCCUCUUCCUAAUUCCUCUUAUAGAUUCAUGCAGUCACAUCUGACAUUUUUGUACUUUGUUUUCCUCUGCAUUUUUGUAGAUCACACUCCCUUUGGUUUAGCUACUGUACGGUAUGUGCUAGUAAUAAUAAUGACUGUUCUGAGGUGCACUUAAACAUUUUAGGGUGUUAAAAGUUCUUGUGUGUGUGUAUAUGUAUGUGUAAGCAGGCACUUUUGUAUUUUUUGGGGUAUAAGUACUCCUAGAACUGGAUCGAACUGGACCAAACUGAAACCAGGGAGCUCAGAGAACCUGUUAAUAUCCUCUAUGCCUUUUCAAUGACUGCUGUAUGUCAUACCAAUGUCCUCCUGAAGACUGCUGUACGUCACCACUAUGCCUUCUAUAAUACUGGUAAUGUCACAUGUGCCUUUAUUCAGACUGCUGUCUGUCGAGUGACCUCUCAAACACUGUUUGUGACACCACAGUGCCUCUUCUGUUCUCUUCUCAUUUUUUUCUAUGUCUUUUUUUGUGUGUGUAUUGCUAUACUGUUAUAUCUAUGGGGGCUGUGAGUGUUAGAGUGCUGCUUUCUGUUGUAUUAUGCUUUCAUGUUCUAACAGAGUUGAUGUUUUAUUAAGUAUAGCCUGCUAUAGACUGAGUGAAAGUUUUGGGGAAAACUUCAUGAUAUGCAAACAAAGACAUAAAGAAUGACAAUCCAUAGUUCACAUCAAGUAAGCUAAAGACACGUUUUUAUCACCAUCAUCGAAGGCAAAGUCUCUCGAUUUUGGUCAAGUCUGUGUGUUUUUUGAGAAAAGUGAACAGUGCCCAGUAGUUUUUCUGUCUCUUAUCCAGUCCUUCAUUAUGAGCGAAGCAGUCAGGAUAUAUUUAAUAUAUAUAUAAAUACAGUACGUUGUUUUUGUGUAUGAAGUAAGAGGAAAUGCUAUAAUAUAUUUUGAAAAGAUUUUCCAUCUCAUUAUGUGCUUUUAACAACCUUUUUUUGCCAAAGUGUUUAAUGUGUGCAUGUAAACUAAUGCAAAUGUGUGGAUAUAUAUAAAAGCGGCUAUAUGUAUGUUUCCAGUGUGGAGUCAAUAUUAGCCCAAACUGACACAUCCUUUGGCAAAAUGUGCUUUCUUUUGCAAUCAUUUCAUAAACACUACAUGUGUAGCGUUUGUUUUAUUCCUUUUUAGACUUGUUUCUUGUUACUAAAAACAAAUAAACAAGACAAGGUGACCUCGGCUGAGGACAUUUAGAUAAUGUAGAUUGUUGUUGCCAAAAUAUUCUUAUCGCUCCCCCUUUUUUAGACCUGUUUAGAACUGUUUUCUAUCUCGCAUUUUUUUGUUUUUGUUUAAGGCUUUUUGGCAUUGUUGUAUUUAUAGAGGUAGUUUAAUAAAGCAUUUUCAAAAAGAA